AUUCCAAGAUGGCAGCGGCCUGUAGGACUGCGUUAACGGGGUUAAAUGUUUUUCACUCCACAUUUUGUGCACCUAAACAGGCACUGAAUAGCUGCUGGAGUGUGGUGGAACAGGUCAGAGGGUACUAUGUUGAUUGGAGAAUGCUACGAGACGUGAAGAGAAGACAGAUGGCCUUUGACUAUGCAGAUGAAAGACUACGGAUCAAUGCAUUAAGGAAGAACACUGUACUCCCCAAGGAACUUCAGGCGGUUGCUGAUGAAGAAAUUGCAUCGCUACCACGUGACAGCUGCCCAGUACGAAUCCGUAAUAGAUGUGUGAUGACUUCACGGCCACGGGGAGUUAAGCGCAGGUGGCGUCUUAGUCGCAUCGUCUUUCGCCACCUGGCCGACCACAAUCAAAUGUCUGGAAUACAGCGGGCUAUGUGGUAAAUGAUUACUUGCAGUGAUGUGGUAAAACAAAAGGGUUGUAAAAUGCUGGUCACUAUUCGCUGUGAGUAAAAUUAUUCUACCUACUUGCUAACGAUGGGUAAAGUGUUUAGCCAACGUUGAAUUUAUGUGCAUUUAUACUCUAUAAAACUAUGGUUGAUUAGGGUACUUAAUGUCUGAUGACAAACACUGUACACAUGUUGUGCAAACUCUUAUCCAUCCAACUUGGAAUUUCCCGUAGGCUCAUUGAAGUUUGUCACUGACCGCUUAUUAAAGAAGUACAAUGGUAUACUAUUGUAGUAAAACAAAUAAAAUUUAUGUAUUUAUGAAUC